AUGUCAGAAUUCAAGAAUAUUGGAGGUCAACUUCGACAAGUCAAAAAGGUUCGAUUACUUUUUGCCAUUAUUUUUGAUAGUUUUUAAUAUUUUUUGAUUCUGAAAUUAUUUUUUAACUAGUUUAAAAACGUAAGGUUUACUAAUUUCUUUUAUAUUUUAUAUUCGAAGCCUCUAUUUUUAGUGUAAUUUUGACAUUUGUUUCAUUUUGAAUGCUGCAGUAUGAUCACCACAGCGUUACGGGUCAGUAAACUAUUGCCUCGAGGUCGAGUUUAUCAGUUUGUCAACGUGCAUUUAGUGUAAAUCUUGAUGAAGUCAAGUUUAAGGACUUGUCGGACAAUGGAUUCGACAGAAUCUCGGAGGAAACGCUACGAGGUUUAUGUGAAUACUUUGAUGAGCUACCAGAGAAAGUGUCUACAUCUUCUGACUACGAUGUAUCUUAUUCUAUGGGUGUGCUUACAGUGGCAUUAGGUCAACCAGGAACUUAUGUGAUAAACAAACAGUCUCCAAACAAGCAGAUUUGGCUGUCUUCACCGGUUUCUGGACCUCAAAGGUAAGGUAAUAUUGACGCUUUUUUAAGUUUGGUGUACUAAAUUUGGUUUUUGAGUUGAUGUUGAGUUGGAAAAGUGAAUUUGCACUAUUUCUAAUAUUUUUAUGUUUUUAGAUACGACUACGUUACCAAUCACAAGUGGUUCUACAGACGUCUGGGGCUAUCAAUACAUGAACUUCUGGAAAAAGAAAUGUCACAAAUAUUUGGCCAAGAAACAUUGAACUUUAAGAAACUGGAAGAAAAGUCGUCUUGA